UUUAGUGCUCAUGGUAAAUUUUUAUUCUGUAACGCUCUGAAACACUUUAUUUUAUUAUUUAUUUAUUUUUAAAUACGAUAACGCGGGGUUUUAUCUAAAUAUAUACAGGAGAAGAAGAACAAGAUGGAGAUUAAUAAAAUUGGACAAGCGAAACGGAAGUUUAAUUUUACUACUACUACUACAGAAAAAAAAAAGACGAAAAACAUGACGAUGCUGCGCAUAGAUCCAUAAAGAAAAGAUGACGGUUUUUGUUUACGGUAAUUGUUAUAGCACUGAAAUAAAAAUAAAAAAUAAGUACAAGCUUGAGUGCAAUCUAUAUAAAUCCAAUGGUGUUUGAAAUAAAGUUAGUCAUCUUCGGAUUGUUGCCCGGUAGGCAGAUCUCGAAAUAGUGACCAAAUAUUGGUUUAAUUUUUUGAAUUUAUUGUGGCAGUAUAAGAAGUACUUGGAGAUUAAGCGAAAUGAAGAUGAAGAUGUUGAUGUUGAUGUACUGUGGGAUGUUGAUGGUGGUAAUUACACAUGUCGAAUGUGAGUUGAGGGAUUAUCGGGAUCCCUGGAAAGGGCUGCCGAUGUUGUGUUCAAAAGAGGACCCGCGGAACGUAUCUAUUUCCUGUCACGGAGUGAGAAUUGUUAAGCGAGUUAUACAACAGUUGUUGGAACGUGCUGCCACUACAUCGCGGAUUCAAAUUACUGAUGGAAUUAGCAUCGUUGAUGAAGAGACUCGGGGGAGUGUUCAGUCGGGGGAUAGAAAAGCUAGAACUUUGCAGAGCACGAUUUUGGGAUUGUUCGAGGGUAAAGAGUUGAGAAUUAAAUUGAGUAGUCUUCUGCCUUUUGAUUGGGAGAGUUUGACGAAUGAUGAAGAAGGCCGUAGAAGAAAUGACUACGGACUAGGAGGGGGUAAAAAAGGCAACAACAAUAUUUUCAUAAUGGCACUAUUAAUGGGUAAAAUGUUGGGAGUAAUUGGGUUCAGUACAUUGGGAUUCUUGACAAUGAAAGCGCUGAUGGCUUCCUCAUUAGCGCUAAUGCUGUCGAUUAUUCUGGCGGCUAAAAAGUUUUCAACAAACAGCCAACCCAGUGAAAAUCACAUUGUCUACGCAGCGCCGAUACCAGCACCCGUGGAACCUCAUCAGCGGCGCAGAAGACACGCUCAGGAUAUCAAGAUGUCGCCCUAUCACGGCUGGUUGAAGAGUAAUAUCAAGGUCCUGCCAAAGUCUCUAUGACUAUGAAAAUUUAUUUGACAGAGACGGAAGAUAGAAAAUUUCCUCUAGAUUAAUUAAUAAUUUACCAAAAAUUUAUUUAUUUAUUUAUUUGAAUGUUUACUGAGCUUAUAAUUUAUGGAAUUAAGCUAAAGAAUUUCCGUUUGUAAAAUAUG